AUGGCGGCGAUCUGGCGAAGAGCAUGGAGGUCCAAGAAGGUUUCAUCCACCGGGCGUGGCGACGGCGACGGCGCUCUGCAGCCGAUUCUUGGCAGCAGCAGCAUCAGCACCACCACCACUUCAGGUACCCGUAGUACCACCAUGACCCUCUCCACCUCCGCGUACACCACCUCAUCCGAACCAGUCAGAGACGAGGAGGAAGAGAGUGCCAUGGAGCUCAGGCAGGAGGAGAUUGUGAAGACGCGCCGGCACAUGAGGGGCCUGGUGGAGGAAUUCCGUGCUGGUGUCGAUGGCAACUUCACUGCCCCGGACAGGUGGCUCUCGGAGCUGCACGUCGCCUGGCUUCUCCGUCCUGCUGAUGCUGAGCCUGAGCUUGGUGCGUCUGGGCAGAGGAUAUUGGUCCUGCGGGAGAUGCAGAGUUGGAUCCUGGCUCUGCAGGUGAUCCGCACAUCCGUAUCGAGAUGCUUGAGUGGACUUUACAGCGACGAUGAAGCAACCGUUGGGCCACCGGCUGCAGUUUCUCAAUUUGUAAAAUUUCUCAAGGUAACUUUGCUGAAGAUGCUCACCUUUGUUGACGCGAUUGUUGCUCUUGAUCCAUUGAAUGUUGAUGGUGCCAGCAGCCAACAGCAUGUUUCUUCUAGCAGUGUGGUACUGGUGGUGAUGGAGGCAGCUGAGAAGGUCCGGGCACUGCUAGAUGUGCGCCAUACUCUGUCCGCGGCCUCAGAACAGAUCAUGAUGGCUUUCUGUUCCUCGCCCUACGUGCAGUCCACAAAGGUAGCUGACGAUAUCGGAGGCCUCUUGUCAGCACAGCUGUGUAAGCUGGAUCAUGCCAUACGGGACACAUUUGAUCACAUCAGAACUGCUGUCACUCCGUCAUUGGACGACGACGACUCCCCAAGGGCAACGAGUGCUACUCAGACGACUCUGCUGCAGUCAUCACCCGCUAUCCACAAGGUCACUCGGUCUGUCAUAAACUAUAUCAAUAUUGUGUUGUCUACUGAAGCAUUGCUCCCCGCGAAUUAUGCAAGUCAUCAGGGAGAUACGUAUUCUUUGACUACCCUGACAAUGGAGGUAGUCGGUUCCCUAGAGGAAGAGCUUGCCAGAGUGUCGCAGUCGUUCACGGACCAGAGCCUCAGGUUCAUCUUCUUGAUCAACAACUCCUACCUUAUACGGCAGCUGCUAGACACAAGUUGGCCUCCCCAUCUCCAUGACCUCACGUACCUAAGGUUUUUGAACAGCCUCACAAACAGAAUCGACAGAUACAUACAGAGUUAUCUCCAAGUGACUUGGGCACCGGUGUUGGAAUGCCUGCACAAUCCCACGUCUCGUUGCUUCACGAGAGACUCACCGCUGCCAAAGUUCGAGUCCAAGUUUCAGUCGACCUACGCUGCGCAAAAGCUCUGGAAAGUCCCGGACCCUGAGCUGAGGAAAAGGCUGCGUGAAGUCAUCAUCAAGAAAGUCGUUACAGGCUUUAAGGAAUACUUGGAGGAUCACAACAGCAUCACCCCAGGAGUCACUCCUCAGGAGCUGAAGGAGAUCCUGCAGGAGCUAUUCGAAGGAUGA